CUCAUUGCUUCGUGUGUGACUCAUUCCCGCAUUCGGGGCUGAGCGGGCUCAAUCUUUCAGCGGACUUCGCUACCCAGCAUGCAGUGCGCCUGGCAAAUCCCUAAAGAGGAUUUCCGUGGGAUCAGAGGACGACAUGCCGCUGAAGCGAGACGACACUCAGCGAGCGCUCCAGCUGAUGGAGGCCUGCUCUGACGGGGUCAAAGGGAAAGAGGCGGAGAAACUGCUCAACAUCUUCCAGAGUGACCUGUUUCAGGCAUUGCUCGACAUCCAGGAGUUCUACGAGCUGGCGGUGUGUGAAAGCCACGCGACGAGCCCUCCGCAGACACCUGUCCAGGUGCGCCUUCCGUCCAACAGCCGGCUGCCGUUCCUUAGCAACAGCUGCAUCACACCAUGGCAACAAGCGCACAGCCCCCUCCUCUCCUCUUUCCUCUCGCUCUGUCGUCAAGGAGGUGACCCCCCCCCAGCAGAAAAUAACACACUCGUUGCAUCGCCCCCCCACCCCCCACCCCCCUUCCUCCUCGUUGGCUCAUUGUCGACAGACGGUGGGAAGCGGAGGAGGAGAACAGCGGAGAGAGGGGGGGCCACAAAGAGCGAUCAAAGUGUGUGUGUGUGUGUGCGUGUGUGUGUGUGUGUGUGUGUGUGUGUGUGUGUGUGUGCGUCUCUCUGUGUGUGUGUGUGUGAAAAUGUGUGUGUGACUGUGUGUGUGUGUGUGGAUAUGGACUGCCUCUGCAUUGUCACCACCAAGAAGUACCGUUACCAUGACGACGACGACCAGCCAAGCCCUGGAAACGUGACUGACAGACACGCCCCCGAGUUUGCGCACACACACCUGGACACACUCUCACAGCCUGCUGCGCUCACUAUGAACGGAUCCGAAGGAGAGCUGGAGUAUGAGGAGAUCACGCUGGAGAGAGGAAACUCGGGUUUGGGCUUCAGCAUCGCGGGAGGGACUGACAAUCCUCACAUUGGAGAUGAUCCAUCCAUCUUCAUCACCAAGAUCAUUCCGGGGGGGGCCGCGGCCCAGGACGGACGUCUGAGGGUCAACGACAGCAUCGUGUUUGUCAACGACGUGGACGUGCGCGAGGUCACUCACUCGGUGGCCGUGGAGGCCCUGAAAGAGGCGGGGCCCGUGGUGCGGCUCUACGUCCUGAGGCGACGCCCGCUCGGCGAGCACGUGGCCAAGAUCAAGCUGAUGAAGGGACCCAAAGGUCUGGGCUUCAGCAUCGCCGGCGGGAUCGGCAACCAGCACGUCCCGGGAGACAACAGCAUCUACGUCACCAAGAUCAUCGAGGGCGGCGCGGCGCAGCGGGACGGCCGCCUCCAGAUCGGCGACAAGAUCCUCGCCGUCAACCAUUUAUCCCUAGAGGACGUCCUGCACGAAGACGCCGUGUCGGCCCUGAAGAACACGGGCGAGGUGGUCUACCUGAAGGUGGCCACGCCCACCUCGCACUACAUCCACCCGGCCGAGCGAUUCAGCCCCCCGGACCUCACCAGCUCCUACAUGGAGCCGGACUACAUGUGCGAUUACCCGCAAGCCCUCCCGCCGCCGUCCCCUCGCCGCUACUCGCCGCUGCACCGCGGCAUGACGGGAGAGGACGACUACGGCCGAGAGCCGCGCCGGGUGUGCGUGCAGCGCGGCGCCAGCGGCCUGGGCUUCAACAUCGUGGGCGGCGAGGACGGCGAAGGGAUCUUCAUCUCUUUCAUCCUCGCCGGGGGGCCGGCGGACCUCAGUGGGGAACUGCAGAAGGGCGACCAGAUCCUCAGCGUGAACGGUGUGGAUCUCAGGUUCGCCACGCACGAACAGGCCGCAGCAGCUCUGAAGAACGCCGGUCAAAGUGUUACCAUAGUAACACAGUACAGACCCGAGGAAUACAGCCGCUUCGAAGCCAAGAUCCACGACCUGCGCGAGCAGAUGAUGAACAGCUCGCCAGGAAGCCUGCGAGCCAACCGAAGCUUCUACGUCAGGGCGUUGUUCGACUACGACAAGACGUGGGACUGCGGCGUUCUGUCCCAAGCUCUGGACUUCAACUUCGGGGAGGUGCUUCACGUGAUUGACAGCUCGGACGACGAAUGGUGGCAGGCCAGACGGGUCAACCAGGAGGGCGAGCUGGAGGAGCUGGGAUACAUCCCGUCCAAACACAGGGUCGAGAGGAAGGAGUGGUCCCGGAUGAAGAGUCGAGGGCUGGUCCAAAGCUACGAGCCGGUGGCGCAGACUGAAGUGGACUACGCCCGACCCGUCAUCGUCCUGGGGCCCACCAAAGACCGAGUCAACGACGACCUGCUAACGGACUUCCCGGACAAGUUCGGCUCCUGCGUGCCACAUACGACUCGCCCCCGCAGGGACUACGAGGUGGACGGGCGGGACUACCACUUUGUGUCGUCCCGCGAACAGAUGGAGCGCGACAUCCAAUCGCAUCACUUCAUCGAGGCGGGCCAGUACAACAACCACCUGUACGGCACGUCGGUGCAAAGCGUCAGGCAGGUGGCCCGGCAGGGCAAGCACUGCAUCCUGGACGUGUCGGCCAACGCCGUGAGGAGGCUGCAGGCCGCUCAGCUCCACCCCAUCGCGAUCUUCAUCAGACCGCGAUCUCUGGAGAACAUCCUCGACCUGAACAAGCGUCUGUCUGAGGAUCAGGCCAGGAAGGUUCUGGAUCGAGCCAUCAAAAUGGAACAGGACUUCCUGGAAUGUUUCACUGCCAUCGUGCACGGGGACACCUUCGAAGAGGUGUACCACCAGGUCAAAGUGGUCAUCGAGGAGCAGAGCGGCCCGUACAUCUGGGUGGUGACCCGCGACCGCCUCUGAUUGGUCCGCGGAGGUCUCCCUCCUGCUCCCUCCCUCCCCUGUGCACAUGUUGUGUAUCCAUGGCAACGCCAGAGCGAGCGAAGUAUGAUCAGUGUAGAGUGUAGGUAAUGUGUUUAUAAUUCUGCUAUUUAUUUACAGAUUGAUUGAUUGAUUAUUGUGCUAUACACACACCAUGUGCGUGUGUCAAUACAACAAUGGGGCUCAAACACACACACACACACACACACACACACACACACACACCCAGUGAGUUCAGGGCUGUGAGAUCACAUGAUGCUUCGCUUUGAGCACAACAAACACUGGACUACAUCUCCCACAAUCCCUUUGUGCAUCAUCAACAACACUGUGGCCAUGGCUCCGCCACCUCAGCUGUACAGCACAGAGACUCGGUGAGCUAACGCUAACAGCUAACGACUGUCCGUUGACACUUUCCAACGAUUUCUUCUCGCCGCUGCGUCAGCGGGAGGACAAAAAUGGCGAACGCAUUUGUGGAAAUCUUGGAAUAAAUUGCUAAGAAAAAAAAGA